AUUUCACUUUCACUUUGGGCUACCUGUCACUGAGUUUUUCAGGGUGUGGAGUAGUACAGAUAGGCAGGCGUGCUAACAGAGAAAGGAAAAGGACUGACGGAAAAAAGUCUUGAAGAGAUAUACGAACACAUUUAGACACUACCAUGACAUUUAAGUACCCGGCAGCUCGGAGAGAUGAGAGUAAGGUGGAUGACUACCAUGGGGUUAAGAUAUGCGACCCGUAUGCCUGGUUGGAAGAUCCUGACAGUGAAGAAACUAAGGCCUUUGUGGAGGAACAGAAUGAGCUGUCCAUGCCAUUCCUGGAGCAGUGUGCGGUCAGGCCUCAGUUUCACCAGCGGCUAACUGAGCUCUACGACUACCCCAAGUACAGCUGCCCCUACAAGAGAGGAAACAGGUAUUUCUACUCCCAUAACCAGGGCCUGCAGAACCAGGAUGCUCUCUAUGUGCAGGACUCUCUGGACGGACCGGCCACAGUCUUCUUUGACCCAAACACACUGUCUGCGGAUGGGACUGUAGCCUUGAAGAUGGGGCGCUUGUCAGAGGAGUGUGAGUACUUUGCGUAUGGCCUGAGCUCCAGUGGCUCCGACUGGAUGACGGUGCACUUCCUGAAGGCUGAUGACCUCAUGACGCUGCCUGAUGUCCUGGACAGGGUGAAGUUCAGCUGCCUGGCCUGGACCCACGAUGCCCGUGGGGUGUUUUAUAAUUGUUACCCCCGGCAGGACGGCAAGGCUGAUGGCACAGAGACCACAUCCAUCCUCAAUCAGAAACUCUACUACCAUGUGAUCGGCACCAACCAAUCAGAGGACAUCCUGGUGGCUGAGUUUCCUGACCAUCCAAAAUGGCACAGUGGAGUAACAGUGUCGGAUGACGGCAGGUAUGCAGUGCUCAACAUCACAGAGGGCUGUGAGCCAGUCAACCAGCUGUGGUACUGUGACCUGGAGAAGCUACCCAUCACAGGCCUGCUGCCUUGGGUGAAGCUGGUGGACAACUUUGAGGCGCAGUACUCUUACAUCACCAACGAGGGCAGUGUGUUCACCUUCCGCACCAACCUGGAUGCCCCUCGCUACUGUCUGAUCAACAUUGACCUGGAGAAACCAGACAAGGAGCACUGGAGGACCCUUCUACCCCAGCACGACAAGGACGUCCUGGGCUCCGUGGCCUGUGUGAACCAGCUCCACCUGCUGGUCAACUAUGUCCAUGACGUGAAGGACAUCCUGCAGUUGUAUGAGCUGUCCACUGGUGGUCUGGUCAGAGAUCUGCCUCUGGACGUGGGCACUGUGGUGGGCCUCAGCUGUAAGAAGAAACACUCUGACUUCUUCUACAAGUUCACCUCCUUCACCACGCCAGGUGUGAUCUACCACUGUGACCUGAGCCAGGCGUCUCCAGAACCCACAGUGUUCAGACAGGUGGAUGUGAAGGGUAUCCAACAGGAGGACUAUGAAACCAACCAGGUGUUUUACCCCAGUAAGGAUGGAACUAAAAUCCCCAUGUUCCUGGUGCACGCCCGGGGUCUUAAGAAGGACGGAUCACAUCCUGUCUUCCUGUACGGAUACGGAGGCUUUGAGCACUCUAUCCAACCAUACUACAAGGUUCCGUACCUGCUGUUUGUCAGACACCUGGGGGGAAUCCUGGCUGUAGCCAACAUCAGAGGAGGAGGGGAGUACGGACAGACCUGGCACAGAGGUGGUGCCCUGGGGAACAAGCAGAAUUGCUUUGAUGACUUCCGGUGUGCAGCAGAGUAUCUGAUCCAGGAGAACUACACCACAGCCAACCGCAUAGCCAUCAACGGCGCCUCCAACGGGGGACUGCUCGUAGCGGCGUGUGUGAAUCAGUGUCCAGACCUGUUUGGCUGUGCUGUGGCUAAGGUUGGGGUGAUGGACAUGCUCAAGUUCCACAAGUUUACCAUCGGCCACGCCUGGACCACUGACUACGGCUGUGCAGACCACCCUGAGCAGUUCAAAUGGCUCAUCAAGUACUCCCCUCUCCACAACCUCCCCCCUCCACCUCACAUUGGCGCUGCCUACCCUGCCAUGCUACUACUGACUGGUGACCAUGACGACCGGGUGGUGCCCCUCCACACCCUGAAGUACUGUGCCACACUGCAGCACGGUGUGGGCAACAGCCCCGGGCAGGCCCAGCCUCUUAUGGUCCGGGUAGACACCCGCAGUGGGCACGGGGCAGGAAAGCCUACCACUAAGGCAAUCCUGGAGGAUACGCACAUCUUCUCCUUCAUCGCUCAGACACUGGGGCUGAGCUGGAGAGAGUGAGGAGGAAGAGAGGGGAGUGAAGAGCUAGAGCAGUGGUCGCCAACCUUUUCUGAGUCAAGAUCACUUUCGUAGUCAAAAAGCAAGCCGAGAUCUACCUCUCAGAUUCUUUUUAAAAACAUGACUUAAAUUUUUUUAACAUUAACCUAAUAAAAACAGUUCUGUAGGAAUGAGGUUUGUGCAGUAGGCCUAAUACAUUAUCACUGCAUAUUGGCUAUAUGCCUGGCCUGCUAAUAUUGUUCUUCUCAGACCAUAUUAUAUUUAAACAAAACUCAAGCUUUGAUAAUAGAAUAGGUCAGUUGGUGUAGCACUUGCGAGGCAAAGCUUGCAAGUGCGAGCAUAAAUUGAAAUAAUUUGCGAAUAAUUUGCUUUUUCAUUUUACUGGACUGAUGGGACCUGAAUCUCAUGGUCAUGGUGCUUUCAAGACAACUGGGUUCUCUGAAAGAAACGAGGUCAAUGAGUGAUCUUCAGGUCGGAGUUCUAGAAAGAUGUGUGAGUUUCCGACUUGGAUGACCGCUCCAAACUAUUUUUCCCAUUCGGAUCAAACAUUUUCCCCAAGUUCCCAGUUGUCUUGAACGCUCGGAAGUCAGAGAUUUCCGAGUUGCCAGUUGUUUUGAACGCGGCAUUAGUCUCAUCAGAAGGGAGGGAGAGAGC